CUAAUAAAAUAAUUACUUUGCGACACACGAUGUUAUAACAGUUGCACGAAAUGCUAUAUAAGUUGUAAAGACCUUGAAACAACAGCAGGUGAUAAUUGAAUACAAUGUUGAAAACACUCGUAAUAUUACUGCUCGCAGUUAAUUUUUUAGCUGUAUUAUGUUCAGAUGGCGCUUCUAACGUGUCCUCGAAUUUUGCCACAUUUUCGUCGUCUGCAUCAAACUCAUACUCACAAAGUUCCUCCUUCGUGUCGUCCGAUACAUACGGUGAAGACGCACCAGAAUACGAGUGCGAUGGACACCACGAAUAUUAUGAAACUUGUGAAUCAUACACUGAAACUGCAUAUGAUUCCUGUGUUGUAGGCUGUCGUUGUGAAAAUGAUUACGUACGCAAUGACAAAGGCAAAUGUGUUGCGAAAAGUAAAUUUUGCCGUCGCCAGUUUGAAACAUUUUCUGAUUGCGUUAAUGGAGGAUGCGACAGACGCAAUUGCUCGGAACUUAAACGACCUGCCAUUUGUAUUGAUGUUUUUAGAAAUAGUUGCAUUCAGGGAUGCGUAUGCAAGAAGGAUUAUUUACGAAACGUUCAAGGAAAUUGUGUCCCUAUUAACCAUUGUCCGGAAAGAAAACAUCCAAAAUGUCGAGGCUUAAACGAAUAUUACGAAAAUUGUGAAUCUGCAUCUGAUUGUGAAACAUGUGAAAAGGGUUGUCAAUGUGUAUUGGGUUACGUGAGGAACGAAGAAGGGAAAUGUGAAUUAGACAACGGACAGUUCACCACAACCACUGAGACAUCGACUACAACUACAACAGACGUUCCAACAACUACAGAACCUUCUGAAGUAGAUGCAGAUAAAGCUUUAGAGAAAAUUUUGGAUGCGAACGCCCGGUUUACACAAACAUUUUUACAAUUCAAAACAAAUGAAAAUCCUAAAGAAAGUUUCAUAGCAUCACCAUUUUCCGUGCUGAUACCACUAGCAGAACUUGCAUUAUACACAAUUGGGAAGUCAUUUGCGCAAAUAACAAAUGUACUGAAUGUCACUAAUAAGGAUGAGAUUCGUCAAGGGAUGAGAAGACUUUUGGAUAAUUUCAAAUUACCUAAGAAUGUAACAUUGAAUUUAGCCCAAAAAAUAUAUGCCAAUAAACAAUUUGAAUUGAGUGAUGCAUUCAAACGAGACACAGAAGUGUACUUUGAUGCUAAAGCAGAAAAUUUAGACUUCAGUCAGAGGGCGGCAGCAGCAAAAGCUAUUAACGAUUGGGUGAGUGCCCAAACAAAUGGUCUAAUACCAAAUCUUGUCGACGAAAGUUUGUUGAGCGAAUUGACACGAUUGGUUUUGGUAAAUGCUAUUUACUUCAAGGGUAAUUGGUUGAGACCUUUUGACCCGAAAAUUACGCAAAAGAAAGAUUUUUACAUCGCAAAAGAUAAAAAUGUAACAGUCGACAUGAUGUAUCAGAAGGGUUACUUUAGAUAUAUGGAGAAUCCCUCACUACAAAUAAAGGCAUUAGAAUUGUUAUAUAAAGAUAGGAACUACAGUCUUUUAUGUGUUUUACCAACAUCGACGGAUACUUACACUCUUGAAGGACUGGCAAAAAACCUUCAAGAUCCUCAAACUUUUAAAUCUAUAGUCGAUGGAUUGCAAAACCAAGAAGUUAAAGUAUAUUUACCUCGAAUACAAACAUCAAGUACUACUGAUCUAACCAAAGUAUUUAAAGCUGUAAAUAUCACAGAAAUGCUGAACCCUAACAACACAGACUUGGUGGGAAUAUUAAAAGUUUUUCAACAACUCUAUGUAUCUGCAGCUAUUCAAAAAGCAAAAGUGAUCAUCAAUGAACUGGGUUCAGAAGCAGCCGCAGCAAAUGUUAUAACAGUCGGAGUUACUUCAGUAAUGAUAAAUGAACCAAAAGUUUUUGAAGCGAAUCGCCCUUAUUAUUAUUUUAUAAUAAACCAGAAGAAGAAUAUUCUUUUCUGUGGUGCCUACAAUGGGGCAUAGAUUUGUUGCAUUGUCCACAAUUCAUAUCUGAUUUUGAUUA